AUGACUCGGUAUAUUUGUGGUGAGUGUGGACAGAUUUUUGAACUCGACGUGAACGAAACCGUCCGGUGCAACUUCUGUUCGUGUCGCUACGUCUACAAGCUGCGAACGAAGAAACCCAUCCAGCUGGAGGCGCGCUGA